CACGUGAUCAGCAUCACCUGACGAUGACAUGUUAUUUUUUUUUUUUUAAUGGAAAGGACAAUUUGACGCCUGUAGUUGAAGGUUUUCUUGUGUAGAAUACUAGCAGAAGACUGUAGGGCUGUGUGUCUGUGACUGUGAGGUUCUAGUUAAUGUAAGCAGUUUAUUUUAGACAGGACAGCCUGCUUGUGUUACCCAGAAUGCCCCGCUUGUUGCCGUCUGGCGAAGCAGUGACUGUGUAGAAUAGAACCAGCCAACAGUAUCUGACAUUUGGAAAGUUGACGCUACUAUGCAUUUAUAUCGUAUGAAAUAAAACACAGAGGGAAAGACAACAAUAGGGGAAGGAGAAUUUUUGUCGUCUUCGAGACACCAGCAAUGCCUCUCUUCACGACCAACCCCUUUGACCAAGAUGUUGAGAAAGCAACCAGUGAGAUGAACACAGCUGAGGACUGGGGCCUCAUUCUGGACAUAUGUGAUAAGAUAGGACAGUCACGCACUGGGCCAAAGGAAUGUCUCCGCUCUAUAAUGAGAAGAGUGAACCACAAGGACCCCCAUGUGGCCAUGCAGGCACUGACUCUCCUUGGUGCUUGUGUCUCAAACUGUGGGAAGAUUUUCCAUUUGGAGGUUUGCUCCAGGGAGUUUGCAAGUGAAGUCAGCAAUGUCUUAAACAAGGGCCACCCUAAAGUAUGUGAGAAGCUGAAGGCUCUGAUGGUGGAGUGGGCGGAGGACUUUCGCAAUGAUCCCCAGCUCAGUCUGAUCUCAGCUAUGAUCAAGAAUUUACGUGAGCAGGGUGUCACUUUCCCUGCUGUGGGGUCCCAGGCUGCAGAACAAGCCAAAGCAAGCCCGGCUUUAGUAGCAAAGGAUCCCUCCACCUCAACAAACAAAAAAGAGGAGGAAGACUUGGCCAAAGCUAUUGAGUUGUCACUGAAGGAACAACGUCAGCAGCCACAGACCUCCCUAUCGAGCCUUUACCCAAGCACCUCCAGCCUGCUCUCCUCUCACAAGUCUGACGGCAGAAAAGUCCGGGCCAUCUAUGACUUUGAGGCCGCCGAGGACAACGAGCUCACCUUCAAGUCAGGAGAAAUCAUCACCAUCCUGGACGAUAGUGAUCCUAACUGGUGGAAAGGGGAAACAUACCAGGGAGUGGGGUUGUUCCCUUCUAACUUUGUCACCGCUGACCUCACUGCAGAGCCAGAGAUGAUAAAGACAGAGAAAAAGUCAGUACAGUUCAGUGAGGACAUCCAGGUGGAAACUAUAGAGCCAGAGCAAGAACCUGUGUAUAUAGAUGAGGACAAAAUGGAUCAACUACUGCAGAUGAUCCAGAGUGCAGAUCCCACAGACAACCAGUCAGACAGUGUGGAGUUACUACAGCUGGAAGGUGCAUGUAAUCAAAUGGGACCCCUCAUUGACCAGAAGUUGGAGGAUAUAGACAGGAAGCACUCUGAGCUGUCGGAGCUGAACGUGAAGGUGAUGGAAGCUUUGUCUCUGUACGCCAAGCUGAUGAACGAAGAUCCAGUCUACGCCAUGUAUGCAAAGCUGCAAAGCCAACAGUACUACAUGCAACAACCUGCUAACACAGCACAACAGGUCUACCCCGGUCAGCCUGCAUCAGGGUCCUAUGCCAUGAGUGGCACUGGGGUGCAGGGUUACACCGUUCCUAUGGAGCAGCUUCCUGCUGGAACCCCCAUUCCUGGUCAACCAGCUCCUGGUGAUGUUCAUAUGUACAUGGGCCAGCCGCCGGUCUACACUGCAGCUCCAGGCAGCAUGGCCCCGGCAGACGUUCAGUCUUACCAGAACCCGGCCAGUGCCCCUGGUCCGGCCCCGGCCACAAACCCCGCAGGCCUGACACAGAUACCAAACUACAGCGCUCCCUCCGGCCAGAGCAUAGCACCUUCCUCAGACGCCCCACAGGCCCCUUACGUGGAGAAAGCCUUGCUAUAGGGCCCCCUGAAAUCACUGUAAUCUUCACGCAUACACGUACACACUAAAUCACACGCCAGACCUGAUCAAAUAGUGGUUGUAAAUGAUUUUUUUUAAAUGAUUAUGUUUUAUAAAUUCUUCAGAUGAUCUCAUUUCUCAUUUUCAUCUAAUCGGGUAAACUUUGACAUCUGGCACACUUCCCCAAAGUUCGUACCUGUAAAGACAGUUACACACUUUGGACCUGAUGAUCUCCAAAAUACUCUUCAGAUUUAAUCAUGACAAAAGCAUAGUCCAUUUAAAAAAGAAAAAAAAAAAAAGACUAACAUUUAAACACUAUUGUUGUGUGGGAUUUUUCCUUUAAUUCUACUAUUUGAUCAUGUAUGAAGACGACACACAGGCAUUCCUUCAGGUCGUUCUUAACAUUAACACUGGAGCUACAUACACACUACACACACAGACAAACAGAUAGAAACGUUAUAGGGGAUAAAGGCAGUGGAGCUGCUCACAAACACAGCUGCACCAGUGAGUUCACACACCCGCAGUAGUAUGUCAUGAUUUACCUUUACUUACACUCUAACAUGGAGAGAAAUCCACAGUAUGCCACAGCCUUCUCAUCCACAUAAACACCCGCAGCGCUAAGUGAGUGGCAGGAAAAGGGGGCGUCAACUUUCAUGAUCUUUUUAACAGAAAAAGGACUGGAUGAAAAUAGGCUACUACACUCUGUAUAUGUUGUUAACUUUUAGAAGUACUGAAGACUGAAGCCACUUUUUUUUUUGUUUUUGGAGGGAAAAGAAACAAGAGGAAGCAUGCACAUCACUCUUGUAAAUACUGUACCGAAUUAGUAGUGAAGCCACACGAUGGCCUCAUGGAUGGGCUGUAUGUUAGAACAGCUCCUGGGGUUUUUGUUUUCCACAGCCUUAAAGGUGAACUCUGCAGUCACCACGUCCCGAAAUCGAGUAAAAACGUCAACGGUGUAAACGCCAAAGACAAAAGAACAAAAACGAGAAAUACCUACAUGCGUUAUUUUGGCAUGGGUGCUUUACGUUAGUCGGUACUUUUCCUUCAUUGUAACUGAGACUUCGUACUGCAGAGUCCUCCUUUCGGACGUGAGCAGCUGUGCAUCCUCAGGCGUGGACGUCGAGGGUCAGUCCUCAUUCAGGGGCCGUACUAACAGACCUGUACCACAGACUUGGCUACUAAGGGGCGAACUCGCUGAACCCCCCCCCCCCCCCAGUGUCUUUAAAGCAUCUCUUUAGUCUGUGUUUAAAUGAAUACUAUGUUUUUUGUAGUGCAUUUUAAUUUAUGUUUUGAUUAUUGUUAUGCUAUUUUAAACGGAGAAGCAGUGCAGGAUGUAUGUAUUCAGAGAAAAGCGGAGUAUGUGAUAUUCCGCCUAACUUAGUUGUAUAUUUAAAUCGCUCACUCAAGAACUUGGACUUUUCUCUCUGUGUUUGAUACAUGCUUAUUGUACUGUAGGGUCAAAUGGUAAUGUGAAAAAUGAUCCAACCUCCCCAUCUGACCUGUCCUUUCUCAGAUCUGUGUUAACACUAAAACAUAUUCUACCUGAAGGAGAGGACAGCACAGUCAGGACUUGUAGACAUCGCUUUACCGGUUUCUUCGUGAGGCUACGUUCACCCUGCGUAGCUUAAGUGUUCUAUUCAGAUUUAUUCCCAUCAUGUUCUGGUUUAAUAUUAGAUUGCAGUCCUGAACUGACCACAAGACAUCACAUACUUUUUAGGUUGUUCUGAAGAAAACAUGGAGGCCAUUAAGUCAGUGUAAAGGAGUUUUAUGUAGUGUUGAUUUUCACACCAGAACACACCUAUCACUACCAAAUCCACCAGUGGGUCUUCUAUGUGUCCACAGAUUGUAUCGCUCAGUGAAUAAAGUAUGAAGCUCAUUGUUUAAUCACAUUUGUAUUAUGGUAUCAUCAAGUUGUUUUCUUUAAACU